UUCUUAGAAACGUGGAAAAGCGUGGUAAAUAAAAUAAAUUGGAAGGAGUAUAUGAUUGAACCAUAGAAAAAGGGUAAGAUUAAAUGAUUAAUUGAACCCAUCCCAAUCAACAUUGUCGGUCACAUUUUAAAGAAAAUCUUUUUUGACCUUUGGGAAGGAGAAAAUGUGAAGUUCAAAAAAUUCACUCAUAUAAUUGGACAUGUAAUACACAGUAUUGUUUUUGGAUACUUUAUAGCACUUGUCCAAAUGCAGAACUAAUUUUGGUGAAUCUCUAAAAAUUAUCAAUGGUAUUUUAUAUUCACUACUCCCCCAUGUUAUGAUUUUUUAAGAAAAAGACGAACAAUAAAAUAAAAAAUAUGAAUGAAAACUUUCUCAUAUAAAUUUUAUUAAGAUUUUCCUGAUAACAAUAAAAUAAACAUGUUCAAUCGUCUCCCUCCAACUCAACACUCCACCUACCUCUUACCCCCAACUCACGCUUCCCUUCCUUCCCCAUCCACCCUACCUCCACUCUUUAAGUAAAAAGGGAAGGCCGAUGCAAAAAAUAUCGGGUGUGAGCAAAGUCCAAAAAAUGUGAUGUAAGCAAGUAUCACAAAAUCUCCCAUCCCCUAAUAAAUAAAUGAAAAUACUCUCAAGGAAAUCUCAAUAACACCAUAACUUCCAAAACAACAGUACACAUUUUCCCUUUAAAUAUGCCAUGCUCUGUCUCUUCCCAGAGUAUUAUAGCACUGAAAAAUUUGAGCCAACAUAACAUUUAACAAAUAUAUCAUUUCAUAUCCUAUCUCUGCAUCUUUUGUAUCAAGUCAAUGAUCAAACACCAACACCAAGCCAUCCUUUCCCACUACCCUUCUUCCUCAAUCUGUAAUACAAUGACCAUUGAUGAACCAGAGCCUGAUCCUACAUUUGAUCCCAUCUCAGAAUGGUUAGCUGAUCCCUUAUCAUAUAUUCCGUCAUUCCUUGAUGAGCCGUAUAGCCUCAAUGAUUUUUACGAGGAGUCGUGGUGGAGUCCUAGUGAAAGUAUAAACCAAGAAAUGCACAUCAAUAACAAUAAUAGUUUAACGUCAUUCGACACUAGCUUAAUCGUCACCCACACAAGCGCUACGCCUUUAGAGCCGAUCAUUGCAAGCCACCUUCCGCCAUUGGAUUCGCCCAGGAAAAGGAAAGGGAAUGAUUCUGAUUACAAUUUUGAGGCAUCCCGGAAGAAUCAGAACCCUCGGAUCUAUGACACAGAUGACGGGGAAGCUAUUGUAGUCCAAAGGGUGACAACAAGAAAAACAGCAGGCCACAAGAAAGCAACACACAAGUCUACAGGAAAUAAUGGUAACAACAGAGAAGGAAGAUGGGCAGAGCAGUUGCUCAACCCUUGUGCUGCUGCCAUCACUGCAGGAAAUCUGAAUCGCGUGCAGCAUUUGUUUUACGUUCUGCAAGAGCUCUCCUCAAUAAACGGAGAUGCCAACCAUCGGUUAGCUGCUCGUGGACUCCAGGCGCUAACACAUUAUCUUUCUACUCCAUGCUCAACUUCACUAAUUUCUGCUUCUGCUGGUAUUACUACUUUUACUUCAACAAAUCCAAAGUUCUUCAAUAACUCACUGAUCAAUUUCAAUGACAUCAGUCCGUGGUUCCGCAUACCCAACAGCAUUGCAAACUCCUCAAUACUCCAAAUUCUCUUGAAACAUGAUUCAUCUCGGAACCUACACAUCCUUGAUAUUGGAGUCUCUCAUGGUGUUCAAUGGCCAACAUUGCUCGAGGAGUUGACCCAUCGACCAGGAGGGCCCCCACCAUUGGUUCGUCUGACAGUAAUAACACCUACCAUGGAAAAUGAUCAACAAAGACAUAAUCCAUUUGUAGUUGGUCCAGGUGGCUACAACUUUACAGUGCAACUCCUUGCCUUUGCUAAGGAGAUUAACAUCAAUCUACAAAUCAACAGACUGGAGAAUUACCCACUUCAGAAUCUUGAUUCCCAAUUGAUAAAUUCAUCCCCAGAUGAAAUCUUGGUUAUUUGUGCACAGUUCAGGCUCCAUAACUUGAAACACCAGAAUCCAGACGAGAGGACAGAGUUGUUGAGAAUACUGAAGAGUUUGGAGCCGAAAGGACUGGUUUUGAGUGAGAACAACAUGGAUUGCAGCUGCAACAGUUGCAGCGACUUUGCAACAGGAUUCGGAAGGCGAGUGGAGUACUUGUGGAAGUUCUUGGACUCCACCAGUGUAGCUUACAAAGGACGUGAGAGCGAGAGGAGGAGGAUGAUGGAAGGAGAGGCAGCAAAGGCUUUGACAAACAUGGGAGAGAUGAAUGAGAGAAAGGAGAAAUGGUGUGAAAGAAUGAGGACUGUUGGUUUUGCAUGGGAGAUGUUUGGAGCCAAUGUCAUUGAUAGAGCCCGUGCAUUGUUAAAGAAGUAUGACAACAACUGGGAGAUGAGAGUGGAUGCUCAGGAUGGCUGUGUGGAUCUGUGGUGGAAAGGAGAACCUGUUUCAUUUUGUUCGUUAUGGAAGAUAGAUCCCACCACAUGAAAUGCACAAGGCUUUAAAGCAUGAUCCGAGUCAAAACUCCACUGGUAAAUCUAGUGUGUGGAAGAAUCUUCAUAGUUAGCUGUGCUUUUGACACAGGUUCAGCUAGUGCAUCCGCAAAGGCAACAAGUUAAAAAAUUGUCAAAUUCCUCAGGAAUUUGGUUCUAGGCAAGGUGGUCAUACACCUAAAAGAAUAUGUAUGUGUAAUAAUUGUGAGUUGAUGAAGUAACUGUCGAGAGUGUUUAGUACUCAAGUUAUGUUAGCAAAAUGACUCCCUAGCAAGUCAUGCCAUAAUACUACUUGAAGCUAAUCUACAAAUGCUGGCUGUUCAGACAGUUACUGCAUUGACAAGAUUUUCUUCCCAA